AACAAUUUUAUUUAUCGUUUUCUGUAUUUGCUUCGUAACAAUCGCCUGUGGGGUUCACUUUGCUCUACGCUCACACCUUUGCCGUAGCUUUUGCAUUGAGCGUUUAUUAAGGGCUGGAGGUGUAAUUAAGGAACGGAAAAGAGUGAUAGCCCGUAAAAAUGCGCAACGAAGGAAACGUAGUGGAAGCAGUAGCGGGAAGAGUAGAAGCAGUAAUAGCAGUGUGUUCAAAGGAAGGGAAGAAAGGAAAAAGUUGAACAGAGUUAAUUCAUUACUGGGGGUUAUGGAAGUUAUACUGGUAAAAGCUACAGGAACUGGACUUCGUGAGAAAUUGAUAAAGAAAGGAUCAGUCAAUGUACCAGUGAAAAGUGACGGUAUCAGUGGAAAGCAUCGCUGCUCUUCGGCUCUGCCACAAAUUGUGGUCACCGAACCGAGUAGUGGAUAUGAGCCAAGCUAUAGGUCUGUUGAUUGUGAAGAUGAGGAGGACGAGGAACUUAUGUAUGAUGAAGAAAUGGAGGAGGAGGAUGAAAUUUAUUAGAACAAAAUUAAAAAUAUAUAUGUAUGUAGCAUACAUUAUUCCAUUAAUUUUUAAGUUACAGCAAAAAUAAAAAGAUUUUUUUCU